AUGUCACGGACACCAACGCUCUUUUCGAUUUCGUACAUCAAGUCCAGGACCAGCUUUGGGUUGGCGAGGACGGGCCUCCGCCAUGGCGCGUUUAAUGCGGGCUUGAACAUGGUUUUCAGCGACGGUGCUACUUGGAUGGUCCGCUUCCCUCGUGCAAGGAUGCUCAUCGGCAGCAAGACCACGAUUCCUGUCCCGAGAGUCCAUGUCGGUCUGAGCCUCAGCGACCUUCAGAAGGAUCCUAAUGCGGACCAGGGUGUGAAGCCCAGGGCGGGCUCUGCACUGCUUCGCCCACUAACAUUCAAGGCACAUAACUUACCAUCCUGCACAAUGGAGGAGUUGAUACUUUUAUUAGUGACCGGAGCCGGGGGUUUACAACGACGAUUGAGUAUUUUCAAUACAUCAUCGGGCAGGACUGGCAACAGCGCAACCGAACUCGAGUUUUUGGUUUUCAUCAAUGCCCAAAACAAAUACGUGGAGGGCAAAGUCCUAGAAACCUAUAAUGGCUGA